UUGUUCUGGAUCCAGCGGACAUCAAGCCGACUCUAGCAACACCCUGGAUAAGAUGACUCCAGCCAUGAUGUUUCACCGUCCAGAUAUACUGUCUGCAAUGUUCCAACUGCAAUACCUUGCGUGGUCCUGGAGGUGGCAGCUCGGCGUCCCACAUGAUCAGAGGAAGUCAGUCUCAGGAUGUGCUGUCAUGGAGACUUCUAGGAAACCGGAUUACGUGUUUCCAUCUUCAACAUUUCUUGGAGUGGGCCAGAUGGGAUUCACACUUCUUAUAUUGUACAUAGGAAAGGUUAAAGGAAUAAUCACAUUCCCAGAUUUUAACAGAGAGAUCCCGAAAAAGUUAUUUCCUUUACCUUUAUUAUACAUUGGUAAUCAUUUAACAGGAUUAUCAAGCACACAGAAACUAAGCUUGCCGAUGUUUACCGUUCUUCGGAAAUUUUCCAUUUUGUUUACACUCCUCCUUGAAAUAAUCAUUUUAAGGAAACGAUAUUCAUUAUCUGUUACACUGAGUAUAUUAGCAAUUGUAAUUGGAGCUUUCAUAGCAGCAAGUUUUGAUCUUUCUUUUAAUUUGGAAGGAUACAUCAUUGUGCUGUUGAAUGACCUAUUCACAGCGGCCUAUGGGGUUUAUACUAAAGAAAAAAUUAAUCCCAAGGAAUUGGGAAAAUAUGGUGUCCUUUUUUAUAAUGCUGCUUUCAUGAUUUUACCUACAUUGCUUUACACUAUAUGGACUGGGGAAUUUGAAAUGGUUAUACAUUUUAGCAAGUGGACAAAUAUUUAUUUUGCUUUCCAAUUUCUCCUUGCCUGCAUGAUGGGAUUUAUUCUACUUUAUGCGAUAGUACUCUGCAGUUACCACAAUUCAGCACUUACAACUACAGUCGUUGGUGCCCUCAAGAAUGUAUCAAUUGCCUACAUUGGAAUUUUUAUUGGAGGAGAUUAUAUCUUUUCUUGGCUAAACUUCAUAGGUUUAAAUAUUUGCAUGGCAGGUGGAGCAGCAUAUUCUUUUAUAACAUUUUGGGAAGCCCCAUCAUCAGAAGAUAAGCAUCCAAAUCUGUAUAGCUGGGAAGAACAAAAGACUGCUUUGUCACAAGUCAUCAAAACAGACCAACUUAUCGAAUCCAAAGCCAUAUAUUGAAUAAAACAUUAUUUAAAACACUUCAAGGGUUCAUGAUUUUGGAAAAUCCAACAGCUCUCUGAAAUAGCAAUGAAGAUGUUGGAUAUAUGAAAUGUAUUAUAGGAUGCAUAGUGAAGAAGACUUACUUUCUACGCAGUGCUCACACACUGGUAAUGGUAAUGUAUUCAAGAAGUUUAAAGGAACACUAUAAAUCUGACAAGAGAGCUUCUAAGAUCAUUAACUCAUGGGUAACUAGCUCUGGAGGUUCUCAGAACUUGAGAAAUGUAAGAGAAGAUGCGAUCAUGGAAACGGGCAUGUUUCAGGACUGCAAUUUUUAUUGAAAACCACUAGACCAGAGAUAAUAAAUUAUUCUUAGUAAA